AUGCUGAAAGCGGUGGAGGAUGAAUUGGAGAAGCUGGUUGCAGAAGGUGUGCUCACAAAAGUUAAUUCCAGUAACCGGGCUACACCAAUUGUUCCUGUAAAGAAAUCGCAGAACCGGGUGAGGAUUUGCGGAGACUACAAGCAGAACGUAAACCCGAACCUCGUGGUGGAAAGGAAUCAACUGCCUACUGUAGACGAGCUAUUUGCUUCGCUGGCAGGAGGAAUCAAGUUCAGCAAGAUCGAUCUCGUCCAAGCGUACCUGCAACUAAAAGUGACUUCGGAAGAUCGUGAGAUACUCACGUUGAGUACCCACCGAUUCUUUGCGAAUUCGAGUACGGUUCUGUAUCCUCUCAAUAACCUGCUCAAAAACGAUGUUCCAUUCAGAUGGACUAAACAAUGCGAAGAUUCUUUCAGUGAAGUUAAAUAA